AUGGCAACAGCAGCAGCAGCACCCCCACCAUCGACCCUCUACACCCUCUCCUUCUUCAUAGCCACACUCACCACGCUACUCGUCGCCGCCUCCCUCCGCCUCCUCGCCAUUCUCCCCUCGGCACGCUCCAGCACAAAAACAAAAACAUCGCCGCUGCGCCGCUCGCGGCCGCUCGCAACCCGCGUGCUCAUCGUGCUCGGAUCCGGGGGCCACACGCACGAAAUGCUGCGGCUCCUGCGCGACCUCGAUCCGAGGAAAUACACGCACAGGACGUAUGUUGUGAGCAGCGGCGACGCGUUUUCCGCAAAGCGCGCUGUGGCGUUUGAGCGCGAGAUGGAGGAGCGAGAGCGGGCGCGGGUGCAGGCAGAGGUACAGGCGCAGGAGAAACAGCAGCAGUGUGGGGAUGUCGAGCCGCAGAAUGCAACAACGACGCCAGGGUCCACGCGGCCAGUGAUGAAACUCACGGAUACAGAGGGCCACACGCGGGUUUUGGAUGUAAAAUGUGUGGCAGACAGGACAGAGGCGUGUACAGGACCGCAGCACUAUGAUGUUGCUGUUGUACCGCGCGCGCGCAGGAUACACCAGUCGUUGGUGACGACGCCGCUGUCGUGCUUGCGUACUUUACUCGCGUGCUUUAAGCCGUUGUUGGGAGCGACGACAACGACAACGACAACGACGACAACAACAACGCGCACACGUCGGGGUCCCAAGACGCCGUAUGAGGCUGUGGCUGCGGAUGCUCCUGAUCUGAUUAUUACAAACGGCCCGGCUACAGCGGUGAUAGUUAUCCUCGCUAGCCUGAUCCUGCGCUUCUUCGAUAUCAAGGGCGUCGAGAGCAGGGGCAAGUGCAGGACCAUGUAUGUAGAGAGUUUUGCACGGGUCAAGACGCUGAGUUUAAGCGGGAAACUGCUGCUGCGCGUUGUAGACCGGUUCCUGGUGCAAUGGGAGGAGCUAGAAGGGGCUGGUGGGCGAGCAGAGUACUGGGGCGUGCUCGUUUGA